AUGUUCUUAUCAUCCACUGAUCAAAGCUCUCCAAACAAUCUAUCAUCUUCUUCCAGUUUCUUACAUCUGACCAACUCUAGUGAUGAGUUAGGUCAAUCCAGUUUCUCCAUCAGAGAUUAUGCAUUUAGUUACCGCACCAAGAACAUCAAGAAAAGUUGGCCUUUUUCCUCAACAAGUUUGCAACUUUGUUUGAAACAUGGCUUAACUGAUCCAUUACCACCGAUUCAGCCUCCUGGCUCUGUGAUUAGCCAUCCUCCUGAAGCUUUGUCAUUUAAGAAGCCAAACAUAACUACUCAUGUCGAAGCAAUAAGUCACAAGAGAAAACUAGAGCAACUUGGCUCCAAUCAGAUAUUAGCAAAGACUAAAGCAGGCUUUGGAAAUGGCUCAAAUUCCAAAAUACAAGUAGCUACCGUUAACAAGAAUCAGAGAAAAAAGUGUGGUUUUAUUGUGAAACCUGGAGCUUGUGGAGAUAGUGGAUCAAAAGAAGAUCAUAGUGGCCUUUUUGCAGCUUCUGAAUCUAUGGCUCUGAGAACUUGUCCCAUCUGCAAAACCUUCUCGUCUGCUUCCAACACCACUUUGAAUGCUCACAUCGAUCAGUGUCUCUCUGUUGACUCUAUAGAGCAGCCAAUGAGUAAGCCAAACAAGCCUAGGACUAAGCCACGGUUGAAAGUUAAAACCAUGGUUGAUAUCUAUGCUACUGCAAAAGAAUGCACAAUAGAAGAUCUUGAUAAAAGAAAUGGAACAAAAUGGGCUAUGGUUUCUAGCUACUCUAACCGUGUUGUCUCUGAUGGUAAGCCUGAAGUGUCCAACAAAGAGAAGAAGAAGGAGAGAGUGUUGCGUGUUCGCGCUGAUGAAGAUGAUGCUGGCAUUGGACCUGUUUACAUUGAUGACAAGGGCCAAAAACUGCGGAUUUUAUCUGAGCCAUCACGAGAGCAUGAAGAAGAUGUCAGCGAGAAGAAAUCUUGUAGCGAAGGUAAACGUUUUAGGAAAAGACUUCAAGGAAAGAAAAUUUCUAAGUCCAAGCAUUGUAAACCAGCUCCUCAAAGCAGAAAGCUCAGUGUUCGUAAAGGCAAUGCUUCUAAGGUAAAGGAGGAUCGAAGAGGAUAUUUGGAAGAAGGCAGUGGCAUGGAGAGGUCAGAAACUCCAGGUCCAAGUCAGCGUCAUCUUUCAAGAAAAGAAAACAAGAAAGAGACAAUUUGUGAUCAGCCAUCUGAGAAUGGGCAUUCAUUGUCAGGAGAUUCUCUUGUGCUAAGAGGUACUGAUUUGUCUGAGACAGUUUCUUCUCCUUUAAACAGUCAAAACUCAUGGAGAAUUGGUGGGGAGAGCCAAGUCUCUGGAAAGAGCUGGGCUUUGUCUAAGAGAAAAAGCAGUAAAAGUGCUUCAUUUGUAGCAAAUCCCUUGAUGUCUUCAGCACCUGUGGAUAAGGUGUUUGCAUCGGAGGCAAAGGGCUUUAUGAAGUUGAAGAAAGCUCGGUUGGAUUUCUCAGACAACGAAGAUGAAGAAGAUACAGGGAAAUGGGAGUCUGAGAUGACUCAAGAGCGUGAACUGACAGAUUUUGAUGAUUGGGGUGAUAAUGAAGAAACAGAUAAGGUCUUACAAGGCUCAAAUCCUUCGUUUAGUGGCAGUAGCGAGGACAAGGAUUAUGAAAGCUACCAAGAUACUGGUAAUAACGAAGGAGAUGAUGAUAUGUUGGACAAAACCAAUGAUGCAGGUGCUGAGUUUGAAAGCAUGAUGUACGAGAAACUUGGUUGUGAGACUGUAGAAGGAGGAAGCUCAUUCAUGGAGGUUGAUCCCAUUCCUAUUCCAGGACCUCCGGGGUCGUUUUUACCGAGUCCUUGGGAUAUGGGAACUGAUGCAUUUGAAACUCAUGGAAACUCUUCAGUUAUCACAAGCCAAGUCCAAUCUCCGCAAGAUCAGCUUGAUCUCACUGACAGAAAUUCAUCUGAACCAAUGUCAAACUUUGCAGCUCCUGAAACACAGACAUUAAGUCUUGAUAACAUGGUUGCCAUUGACAAGAAACCUUUCAGAUUCACAGACGAUGAUCAGUCAUGUUGUUGCCAAAGAAAGGAGAAAGCUUUUGAAGAUACAACAUUUGGACAACCACCACCACCACCACACAGGAUCCAACAAGAUUUGGAUCUCUUGAGUAAGUCUGUUCCCACCAUUCCUUCAAAUUCAAACCCGGUGUUGCGGCUGAUGGGAAAGGAUCUGCUGGUUAUUAACCAAAGAGAAGAGGCCUCAUUUCGUGAUUUAAGUCUAAAACCAACCUCUCAGUUUCUAGAUUCCUCAAAGACACAGCAACUUUCUCCUCCUGUUCAUCUUCAUCAUCGUCCUUAUGGUGGAAACGGUUUGUAUUUCGACACCAACACAAGGUUCUACAAUAUUCCAUGA